ACUGUCACAUUUUGAUCAUAUGAGAAACGAAAUUAUCCGCUAAUUUAUUUCAAGCGCGCGAAAAUUGUCUUCUGCUUAAAAGGAUGUUGUUUGGAUCGUUUCGCACAAAGCAGUUUUAGAUAUGAGUGCCCACAGCUACCCAUACUUCAUAGACAAGCAAUAAAGUGUGCACGUUUAAUUUUGUGCAUUCGAUCAUUACCGUGAGAAUUGGAUUCGCCGCGCCGAUUUCGUGGAUUAUGUACAGGUUUUCCCAUUGGUCUGUUCGCGUUCUUUCUAGCUGGUACUUGCACCUCAGCAAUGGAUCUACAUGAAUUGUUCCAGGCGUGCCGUCGAGGAGAUAUCGAGAAGGUGCGAUAUCUGGUUGAGAAAAAAGAGAUGUCAUUAAAUGUUCGCGACAAAUGGGAUUCGACCCCGCUUUAUUACGCUUGCUACUGCGGCUUCAAGGAGCUCGUCCAAUAUAUGCUGGCCAAUGGGGCGCGCUGCGAAGCAAACACGUUCGAUGGGGAACGUUGCAUUUACGGCGCUCUUACUGACGACAUCCGUAAUCUAUUGCGUUCAGCGAAGAUGGUCACAUCGCGGAUCAUGCGGCGGCAUACGUACGAUGAGUUCUUACGUAAAUGCUUUGAGUCAACAGAGUUUACCGAUAUCACCAUGGUAGCGCUCGAUGGCAUGGAACUAAAGUGUCACAAAUGCGUGCUAGCUAGCCGCGUACCAAGGUUUUGUGACGUCCUCUCACAGAAUCCCUCCUGUACAACUCUGACGGUUGACUUCAAUUCGGGCGAGUUGAUGCUCUGUUUAAAAGAGUUCAUCUAUACGGGGCGAAUGCGAAUGUUACUUGAUGAUGAUAAAUUGACCGAAAUGCAGGAAGUAGCAAAACGUCUGCUUAUGACAAAUCUUGUGGAUAAACUUCUUGACGAGCUUGACAAGUACGAGUGUGAAAGGUCACUGUACCUCAAAAUGGUACGUCAUAUUACUAUUGAGCCGGAGCUCGGCUGUACCGAGCUGGCAGACUCGUUUGCGGUUCUUGCCGACGAAUAUCUUCGAAAGGAUCUUGUGGAACUUCCGUUUGGUUCCAAAAAGACUCGGUCUAUACAUUAUGCCGAUGUAUGUUUUCUCGUCGGCGGAGUGCACUUCUUUGCACAUAAAAUGUUCUACUGCCAACGAUCGGAGUAUUUUGCAGCUCUAUUACGGGACCAUUUCAAAGAGACGGCAAUGGUCGAUGGCAACAUUCCCUUGGUGAGCAUAACGAACGCUAGUACAGAAGUCUUUGCCUGUAUCCAUGAGUAUGUUUAUCGGGAUGUCACAGACCGUCUGACCGGUACUAACGCUUUCGACGUCCUACUGGCUGCCGAUAAAUUCCUUCUAACGGGACUUAAGAGUUUCGUUGGUGCGUUCAUGGCUGAUAAUCUCGAUUUAGAUAACGCGGUAUCAUUAUUCCGGUGUUCGCGCAUAUUUCAACUAGCUCGACUCGAGGACCAGUGCGUUGCCUUUAUGGCGCAAAAUCUCGACCACUUUUUGCUAGAUGAAGACUUUCGACAGCAAGUUACUGAGGACGCAAAAGAAGUGAAGGGACGCCAAGAAACGGAUUCGAUUGCGAUUAUUGAUGAUAUUCGAUAUCAUAUCAGCGCCAAUGUGCAAAGCUUUUCUGAGAUCGAGGAGGCCAACCAGAAGCUAUUUCUUAUAGAUGACUUCCUCUAUAAGUUAGGUUUGGAAGCUUAAUCUGUUGAAGAAACCAUUGAUCCAAUAACAACACCAUAUAACAACUAGGGUAGUCGGAAGUCCUAUAAAUGGUUUUUAAGGUAUGUAUUUAUUUGAUUUGAUUUUAUUGGGCAACAAAAACGAAUAUCGGCUAGUCAUGUUGACGAUAUGUGAUCACAAAGAUUAUAUGAACCACAGUAUGGGCUUCGAUGUGCAAUGUUACGUAGAUGAUUGCAUUGUAAUUCUAGUGAAGACUGGGAAUUACAGUAAUGCUAUACUCUAUCUGCCUAACUAUGAGCAAGGCACAUAUCGUAUAGUUUCGUGUGCAAGAGUGGAUGUUCGCUGAAUCAAGAUAUAAAUAUAUAUAUAUAUAUAUAUAUAUAUAUAUAUAUAUAUAUAUAUCCAUAGACAGAUUAAAACAUCCAUAUACAUAUAUGUGAGAUAAGAAUAAUUCAAUUAAAGGGGAAGCAAGAGAAUAUAUAAGAGCCAAUUUUACGUUUUGUUCAUUAGGAUAACAUAAGGCUUAGUGUGUCAACAAUGGCUUAUAGGUGCGUUCUUAGUUUAGGAGCGUAAAGAUCAUAUUGACGAUAUUUGUUGUAAGUUCUACUUUAAUAGGCAAAUAAAUACAAAUUAUUUAACAGUUCUCAGCUGUAUUUUUCGAAUGCUUAUUAUUUUUUGGUAUUUGCCUAUUUACCAUCUGACAAAGCUAUGGGCGAAACUAUGCAGCCGGGAAAAACGAUUUAGAGUCAAUUCGAUUCUUUUUCGAAAUUUAUUGACAGUAGAAUUCUUAGGUGGAUAAUAAGCGAUAAAUAAGGUUUUCGACGCAUUUAGGAAAUAAUUAUCAGCUUUAUAUCGCAACCUAUUCAUUUUUUUAUAUUUGUAACGUACAAUUUGGUGAACUUUGAAGAGCGAAAACCAAAUAUUGACAAAUGAAAUUUAUCUAAGUUGAGUUAUUCAAUGCAGUAACGCACUGUACUACUUCCGCUUUAUCUGAGAAAAACUUCAAAAGAGAAAGUGCCUCCUUUGAUGUUCUUUCAAACAAAAACUUAGGAAAUUCCUAUUGCGUUUUUAUGUGCCGACUAUGCUUUGAAUCAGGUGCGACUUGAGACUUAAAUUGUUACAUUACUAAAGGUAUAUGUAUAGGCAUUUGUGCAUUGAUUUGUCCCUUUAAAGUAGUCCACGUCGAAUGAUAACUUGAAAUUUAUGUAUUCGAAAAGUUUUAUUUCGUGGGUUGUCUGCGCUUUGAAUAUAUGUUUCUCUCGGAGCAGUCUUUCACAGGUUUUGAAGAUACCGUAGCUGAAAUUACAGCUGCACCAGAUAUUCAAUAAAUUUGGCUGUAUAAUGUAAAUACCCGCUAUGAUCACUCCAGCUUAGUAAGGUCCUCUUCUUGCGCAGAAGUUUGUCCUAACGUCUCUCCCGUUUAUCAUUUGCCAUUUUAAGAUAAAACAAACCCGCUACGAAUAUCUAUUCAGUUAAAUGCGAAGCUAAAUUAAUCGGCUCUCCGGGUCAUGGAAGCGGAUUCCGCUGAGAAGUUUGUUAAUCCUAUUUUUGUGUAAAAUGAACAAUCGAUGGCAUAUACACCCAAGAUUAUAUUGGCCCAGAAAUCAACAUACUGACUUGAGAACUGCAACUUAGUUUUAGAGAGGGGAUGAGCAAAACGGUAAUAAUAAUAACGCCUAUCUGGUUUAUAUAGCUGUUUUUUUAAUUUACUUCCCUGGAGUAAAUUCAAAAAUCCAUUUAAUCAAUUUACCAGAUUUCUGGCGAGUGCGUGUUUCUGAAAUACCGAAAGUUUGACAAAGUUAAAUUUUAUAACCAACGAUCCUUUGGUAGAAAGAGAUGAAGUAACACUUAUCGUACUCAUAAAUGUUUAUCAUUUUCAUUAUAUUACAAAUGAAUAACGACAGGAACACGAUAAGAACUAGUUGUAGUCCUACACCAUAUACACUAGCCUAGGGAGAACCACGAACAUCCAUUUCGAAUGUCAUAAAUUCACGACGAAAUUUCAGCCUCCUCAAUAGAGUAGUUUGUGCGUAGACUGAAAUACCUAGCUCAGUUUAACAAAAGCAACUAGAAAAGUGUUUGACGUAAUUAUAUUUACAAUUAGUUAGAUUUUACGCCAACUUAUUGGGUUUUGUACUCAUUUAACAUCCUUUUCUUAAAAGAACAAUGACAAGAAUGGAGUUUGCAUAUCUUUGCAGCAGGAUAACAGCUGUACUCUAUCUGCAACCGGUUAUAACCGUUGACAACCGAUUAUAUAACCGUUAUAGUAACCGAUGAUUAUUUGCUUUUUCUUCUAAUCGUGUAUCAUGUAAAGUUAAAUUGCUCUGAGGCGUUCUAUAUAGCUUCACAAAACGAAUCCCACAAUCUAUAUUUUCGCCGGACAUGAUACAAAAAUGCCAAUGCAAUGUCAGUUAGUAAAUUUAUCAAGUAUAUUUCUAAAAUAUCAUAUAUGUAAAUUUUUCACGUCCAGUGUAUACUAUCAGAGCGCCCGCAGAGAUUAUCUAUGAAUGAUGAUAGGCUUUGAUGGAUCAAAGAAAAUAUAAUAAUAAUAGUAUUUUUUUUAAUCCACUAGAGUUAUCUGACCGUUUCGUACAAAAAGAAACCGCAAAUGAAUUCUUAGAAGAAUUACGUCGUGCUGAACUGCUCGCCAGCCUGAGUGCAUAAAAACGAUUUGAACAUUUUUCUGAAUGAUGCUAUAUAGCUAGAAAUAAUUGUUUUCCCACCGUCAAACAACUUGACCUAUUUUCAUAGAAAUAAAGGUUUACUCUUUAGCAGCUAUUUAGUUUUCAUAAAACUGCUGAGAUAAAAAUCAGGUUCGUGGGUAGCUAUAUUAUGAAAAAAAUUUGCCGAACUGCGAUGAUAUGCUUUAUUUCUCUGUCUUUGACAGCUUUCAUUAAGUUUUUACCGUUAACGCGGUUAAUGUCUUAGUAAGAAAAGUGGACGGUAACGUCAUAAAUGAACUAAAAACAAAACAGUUACCAGAUGUCAUAUUUAACUCGAGAUUUUGAGGUUAGCUCGUUUUUGCUCCGCUUGUCACAAUCCACCGGUGAAUAAUAUGUAGUCGUCUGCUGACGAAUUGGCUGACGGGAUUUUAAUUUCGGGGAAAUUUAUGAUAAAAAUAAGAUCUGUGAUUAUUAACGUAUUAUGUACGUUGAUAUAGAUUAUAUUUUGCCAAAAACUGUUAAUGUAAAUAUCUGAUGUUCCAAAAAAGAUUUCAUUAGGUAGAUAAGUUUGUUAGGUGACACGUAUAAGACUUCAAUAGAUUGUUUCUUUUUCACUAUCUUUUGUUUGAUACAUUGCUUUCCUGAAUCAAUGAAAAUGAAUCCAUAUCAGGAUAUUAUAACAUAUGAAGACCUAUAUAAGAAGGAAGAUAAUCUCGUUUUUCGUAUGCCAAACUGUAUUUUAUUGCAUUGCCUCCUGUUAAAAACGAUCGAUGUAUUAUAACUAGCCACGUAGUAAAAAAAACCCCUUCUUGACCCGUUCAGUACCUUCAAACCAGCCUCGUUCAAAAC